AUGGCUUUCAGGGUAUUCGCUGGGCGUCAGGCGGCCUCUUUGGCUGCAAGCGCCAGGGUUUCUGGUGGACGAUUCUUUUCGUCAACGAGGGCGGUUGCGAGCUUGUCUGAUAGUGUGAAGCAGGCCAUCAAGCGAGAUGCAGCUCUGCCGAAUCCCGAUCCUGCGGCCGAUUCUCCGAGCGCGGCCCUUGUCAACGACUAUGCGCCGUACAUGGUCGCUACCUAUGCUCGCCCGCCGCCGGUGUUUGUCCAGGGCGAGGGCUCGUGGCUCUGGGAUAUUGAGAACCGAAAGUACCUUGAUUUCACGGCCGGAAUUGCUGUGACGGGGCUGGGCCACAGCGACCCCGAGCUUACGGAUAUUAUUGCGCAGCAGGCCGGCACGCUGAUCCACGCCUCGAACCUGUACUACAACCCCUGGACCGGCGCGCUGUCCAAGCUGCUCGUCGAAAAGACGCUCGAGGCAGGAUGCAUGCACGAGGCCUCGCGUGUCUUCAUCUGCAACUCCGGCACCGAGGCCAACGAGGCUGCCAUCAAGUUCGCCCGCAAGGCAGGCAAGAUUGUCGAUCCGUCGGGCGAAAAGGUCGACAUUGUCUCGUUCAAGCACGGAUUCCACGGCCGUACGAUGGGAGCGCUGUCGGCGACGCAUAAUCCCAAGUACCAGAAGCCAUUUGCGCCGAUGGUGCCUGGCUUCAAGGAGGGGACUUACAACGAUGUUGCUGGAAUCAACGACCUUGUCAACGACAAGACCUGCGGUGUCAUUGUCGAGCCUAUCCAGGGCGAGGGAGGCAUCUUUGCCGGCAGCGAGGAGUUUAUGAUCGCCCUCGCCAAGCGAUGCCGCGAGGUUGGCGCUGUCUUGAUCUACGACGAGAUCCAGUCCGGCAUGUCGCGCACCGGCAAGCUCUGGGCCCACGGCGAUCUGCCCAAGGAGGCCCAUCCCGAUAUCUUGACCACGGCCAAGGCCCUCGGCAACGGCUUCCCCAUCGGCGCCGUCCUGGUCACCGAGGCCGUCAGCGAGAAGAUCCAGCUCGGCGACCACGGAACCACGUUUGGCGGCAACCCCCUCGCCUGUCGUCUUGCCCACCACGUCCUCACGAAGCUCUCUGCGCCUGAACUCCUCGAGGGCGUGCAUGCAAAGUCAAAGGUCUUCAAGGACCGCUUCGCCAAGCUCCAGGCUAAAUUCCCCGAGCUCAUCACCGAGGCGCGCGGCCGCGGCCUCAUCCUCGGCCUGCAACUCACCGAGGACCCAUCUCCGAUUGUGAAAGCUGCCCGGGAGAGGGGCCUGCUGGUGAUUACGGCGGGCACGAACACGCUGCGUUUCUUGCCGAGCUUGGUGAUGACUGAGGAGGAGAUUCACCAUGGACUGGAUAUUUUGGAGGAAGCGAUUGCUGCUACCCGUUCCUAA